AUGUCGUACGCGGAGUGGAAACGCGAACCCAGCACAUUCGACGUGUUCUUCGGGCUCGCCCUGCCGUACCGUCCGCCAGGCAAUGCUUUCGGCAGGUUUUUCUGGCGGUGGCGCGUGUGGCUCGAGACGACGUUCGCGCUGUCGAUGAUGCAGCCCUGGGAGAAGGUUUUCGUCGUGGUUGUCGGCUACGUGCUGUUCGUGUUGCUGCUUGCGGGUGUCUGGCUCUACCUCCCGCAGCACUUUGCGUACGUGCAUGGCCGCACGAUGUACUACCUCCUGGGGAAUGAGGCUGGCUCGACGUCGACGUGGCCAUGGAGCGCAGGAUGGAGCUGGGCGGGCAAUGCGACUGCGACGAGUCCUGCAGAACUCGUGUUGAGCUUGCGCGAGGUCUGA